GAUUUUUCAUUUUGGCAUUUUAGAACUACCGGAACGUGGCCCUGGCACUCCCUUUCAGCGGAGCCGGAGAUGAGCAUGAGCCCGUAGUACCGAGGCAUCAGGAGAUCCUUACUGCGUGCAUCUCACGUGAGAUUCAUUUAUAGAAGAGCGCGAGAAGAGAGAGAGAGAGAUUUUCUGUCUGGCGCUCUGCAUACCGAGGAGCAAGAACGCGAACGCCAUCGAAGCCUUGAAGGUGGUGGAAGGUGCAAAGCCAUGGCAGGAGGAGAACAAUGCGAAGGAAGUACAGUUGUUUCUGAUCUCAUCAACUUCCUCAACGCUUCUCCUACUGCCUUUCAUGCAGUUGACGAGGCGAAGAAGCGUUUGAAGAACGCAGGAUUCGAGCAAAUCUCUGAGAGAGAGGAUUGGGAACUGCAGGUCGGGAAGAAAUACUUCUUCACAAGAAAUCACUCUACAAUUGUUGCUUUUGCGGUUGGACGAAAAUAUGUUGCGGGAAAUGGAUUUCACAUUAUCGGCGCUCAUACCGAUAGCCCUUGUCUGAAACUAAAGCCCGUUUCAAAGGUAGCCAAAGGAGGGUAUUUGGAAGUUGGUGUCCAAACGUAUGGAGGUGGAUUAUGGAACACGUGGUUCGAUCGUGACUUAACUGUUGCCGGGCGGUUGAUCAUAAGGGAGGAGAAAGAUAAAUCUGUGUCGUACUUACAUCGGCUUGUUAGGAUCGAAGAACCUAUAAUGCGAAUUCCUACCCUAGCAAUUCACUUGGACAGGGGUGUCAAUGAUGGAUUCAAGCUGAACACGCAUGGUCAUCUUCUUCCAAUACUAGCAACAUCAGUUAAGGCGGAGCUUAAUAAGGUGGUUCCUGAAAAUGGUUCAGCUGAAGGUGGUGUUCAAAGUGAAGGAAAGAAGUCUAAUGAGAAAGGGAAUAUUGAUAGCAAGAAGCAUCAUUCACUUCUGUUACAGCUACUUGCAGCCCAGGCCGGAUGCAAGACAGAUGAAAUAUGUGAUUUUGAGCUACAGUUGUGUGAUACUCAACCAAGUACUGUAGCUGGUGCGACAAAAGAAUUUAUUUUCUCAGGAAGGCUUGAUAAUCUUUGCAUGUCAUUUUGCUCUUUGAAGGCUUUGAUUGAUGCCACAUCCUCCGAAUGUAGUCUUGAGGAUGAAACCGGUGUAAGAAUGGUAGCAUUGUUUGAUCAUGAGGAGGUUGGAUCAAACUCUGCACAAGGAGCUGGUUCACCUGUGAUGUUAGAUGCUCUUUCACGAAUCACAAAUUCCUUCAGCUCAUCAAAUUCUAAGCUGCUUGAGAAAGCAAUACAACGGAGCUUUCUUGUAUCUGCAGACAUGGCACAUGCUUUGCACCCUAAUUAUAUGGACAAGCAUGAAGAAAAUCAUCAGCCAAAGCUGCAUGGCGGACUUGUCAUUAAGCAUAAUGCCAAUCAGCGCUAUGCAACCAAUGCCGUCACAUCUUUCAUUUUUCGAGAGAUUGCAGAGAAACAUGGCCUUCCUAUUCAGGAUUUUGUGGUCCGUAAUGACAUGCCUUGUGGGUCGACCAUUGGUCCCAUAUUGGCAAGCGGAGUGGGAAUCCGCACGGUGGAUGUUGGGGCACCACAAUUAUCAAUGCAUAGCAUUAGAGAAAUGUGUGCUGUUGAUGAUGUGAAGCACUCCUACGAGCAUUUCAAAUCAUACUUCCGAGAGUUCACUCAGCUUGAUGCCAAGAUCAGUGUGGAUGCUUGAACUUCCAAAACCAUCUAGCUUUUGGGGCUUUGAUCAUCUUUUACUGUUUAAACAGUUAUGCAUUUGGAUUUGUACUAUAAUCACUUAUUUAAUGAUAAUAAGAUGGAUGUCCUCAUUGGUAUAGGCACGGCAAAUAAAGACGUUGAUGCGGUUUCCUGAA